AUGUCGAUCACAGUCACAGCUGGGGUGAAGCGGUACCCCUCCUUCCGCUUCGCCAUCGAUCGUGGCGGGACGUUCACCGACAUUAUUGCCCACGUCGCUCAGGCAGACGGCACAGUGACUCAGGAAGUCACAAAACUGCUUUCUGUAGACCCACAGCACUAUUCCGAUGCCCCAAGCGAAGGCAUUCGCCGCAUUCUGCGCAAGUACCUUCCCGACACGGUGGCCGUCACCGGCCCGGUAGAUGCGUCGCACCUUGAAGAGGUCCGCAUGGGCACAACCGUCGCGACAAACGCGCUGCUAGAACACAAUGGCGAGCGCUGCGCAAUGGUGCUGACGGAAGGCUUCGAGGACAUCCUCACCAUUCGCGACCAGGCGCGGCCGCACCUGUUUGCGCUGAACAUCGUGAAGGCCCGGGCGCUCCCGGAGCAAGUGAUGACUGCAAAGGAGCGCAUUCGCCCAGUGUCACUCAAGGAGCAAUCCGCGUACGCGUCGCAGGCGGUGUGGCCCUCGACGUGGGUACGCUGUGGGGAGAGCUUUGUGAUCGAUGUGCUGCAGCCGCUGCACACCGACGACAUCCGGCAGAAGCUGCAGGCAGCCUACGACGCCGGCAUCCGCAGCGUGGCUGUGUGUCUUCUCCACUCGUACGCCUAUGCCAGGCACGAGCAGCAGGUCAAGCAGAUUGCGCAGGAGGUCGGCUUCCCUUCCAUUUCGCUGUCCAGUGAGCUGAUGGCACUCAUCAAGUACGUGCCACGCUCCACCACAGCCUCCGUGGACGCCUACCUGAGCCCGCUCAUUCUCAACUAUAUUGCCUCCUUCAAGGCGAAUUUCGUACACAACCUGGCCGGUGUGCAGCUGUACUUUAUCCAGAGCGACGGCGGGCUGACGAGUGCCGAAACCUUCUACGGCUACCGUGCUGUCCUUAGCGGCCCGGCUGGUGGCGUCGUGGGGUACGCCCACACCUGCGCCGAAGACUUGGGCGCCACCGUGCAGGCCGUGGGCUUUGACAUGGGUGGCACAAGCACUGACGUCUCAAGGUGCGAAGGGCCCAUAGUGCACCACACCGUUGAGGCUGAGAUUGCUGGUACACCCGUCCAGGCUCCGCAAGUUCAAGUGCACACCGUCGCCGCAGGCGGCGGGUCGCUGCUUCGGUGGGAAAACGGGAUGUUCCACGUGGGUCCCGCCUCUGCCGGUGCGCACCCGGGUCCCGCCUGCUACGGCAAGGGCGGUCCGCUGACAGUGACAGAUGCAAAUCUGGUGCUGGGUCACCUGCACCCCGACUACUUCCCCAAGGUGUUUGGCCCCAACGCUGACCAGCCGCUGGACAAGGAGGCCUCUGUGAAGCUGUUCAAGGCCCUGGCGGAGGAGAUCGCAUGCGACAGCAGCGCCAAGUACACUGACCCCGCUAUGUCGGUCGAGGAGCUCGCCUUUGCGUUUGUCCUCGUGGCGAACGAGGCGAUGUGCCGCCCCAUUCGCAACAUCACCGAGGCCAGCGGCUACCGCUGCGCCGAGCACGCGCUGGCGGUCUUUGGUGGUGCCGGCGGCCAACACGCGUGCGCCAUGGCCCGCUCAUUAGGCAUGAACAAGAUCUACGUGCAUCGCCUCGCCUCCAUCCUGAGUGCGGUAGGGACGAGUGUGACAGAUGUCGUGGAGGAGCGCAUGGCGAGCGUGCGACUGGACCUCGGUGCGGAGGGGCUAACCCCCGUGUUGGAGCAGCAGUUCGGCGAGCUCAUUGCCUCCGCCACGGCUCAGUUGCAUCGGCUUGGCUUCGAAGACGAUCAUAUUAUCACCGAGCGCUUCCUGAGCAUGCAGUACGAGAACACCAACACAAGCCUGAUGAUCGCGGAGGACAAUCCCCAGGAGGUGGCCGCGCCAGUCGUCUUAAGCACUGACAAGUUCAAGCGCCUCUACCUGGCGCAAUAUCAGCAGCAGUACGGCUUUGUACUGAGCGGCGCCCGUCGCAUCAUCAUCGAUGGUGUGCGCAUCCGUGCCCGGGGAACAGUGUACAGUCGAUCUGAGCGUGAGGCACAGGCGGCAAGCGCGGCGACUGCCACACAGAAGCAGCACCAGCAACCUCCGUACACGACUCGGCCAAAGAAGGUGCCACCACAGCCGGUGUCCAUGACGCGCAGCUACUUUGCCUCUGGCUGGGAAGAAAUUCCUGUCUACCACGUCGACCCCGCCAACGGCCCUCUCCGUGGCCCUGCGCUGCUCAUCAUGAGCGGCACAAGCGUGCUGCUGGAGCACGAGUCCACGGCGUACACAAACGACAGAGGCAACGUUAUCAUCCACACGGCGCAGGUAGUGGAGCAGUUCACAACGGAGCUGAACCCGCUGCCGCUCUCCAUCUUCUCCCACCGAUUCAUGUCGAUAGCAGAGCAAAUGGGCAAUGCGCUGCAGCGGACGAGCAUCUCGACCAACAUCAAAGAGCGCCUGGACUUCAGCUGCGCCAUCUUCGACCCAGACGGUAAUCUCGUCGCUAAUGCGCCGCACAUCCCUGUGCACCUCGGAGCUAUGGGGGCCGCGGUGCGCUGGCAGCGGGACCACUACGGAUCGGAGUGGAAGGAGGGCGACGUCAUGCUGACGAACCACCCCGCCUGCGGCGGUAGCCACCUGCCCGACAUCACCGUCAUCUCCGCGUUCUUCCAGGAAGGCAAGAUCAUGUUCUACGUUGCCUCACGUGGCCACCACGCCGACGUGGGCGGUACGACGCCGGGUUCCAUGCCACCCUUCUCGAAGACACUCACUGAGGAGGGGGCGGCCAUCAAGACGCUGAAGCUAGUCCAGCAAGGCACCUUCAACGAGGACGGCAUCCGCGAAGCCCUACUCGCCCCCGGGAAGCUGCCGGGCAUGUCCGGGUGCCGCACCAUCGAGGACAGCAUCUCUGACCUCCGUGCGCAGGUGGCCGCCAACAACCGCGGCAUCCAGUUACUGCAGAGCUUGAUCGAGUCCUACACGCUAGAGGUGGUGCAGGCGUACAUGAGGCACAUCCAGGCCACCGCCGAGCUCGCCGCGCGCAGGGUGCUGCAGCGCAUCGCUCGUGAGUACGGCAAAGCAGGGGACAGCAGUAGCGCGGGCAUGGACCUGGUGACGCUACAGGCAACAGACUACAUGGAUGACGGCACCCCGAUCUGCCUGCGCAUCUCGAUCCAGCCGAACAGCGGCGAAGCCACGUUUGAUUUCACCGGUUCCGGAAGCCAAGUGAUGAACUCGACUAACUGUCCGACUGCCGUUGUGCACUCCUCCAUCAUCUACUGCAUCCGCUGCCUCGUCGACUCGGACAUUCCGCUGAACCAGGGCUGCAUGAAGCCGAUCACGGUGGUGGUGCCGCCAAACUCCAUCCUAAGCCCCGACGAGGACCUUCCGGUGGUAGCAGGUAAUGUGACAACCAGCCAGCGCGUGACGGAUGUAGUGCUCAUGGCCCUGCGUGCCGUCGCCAACUCGCACGGCUGCAUGAACAACUUCACCCUGGGCUCCAGUGACUUCGCCUAUUACGAGACCAUCUGCGGCGGCAGCGGCGCCGGCCCAACCUUCGCCGGCACGUCUGCCGUACACACGAACAUGACGAAUACCCGGCUCACCGACCCCGAGAUCUUCGAGGCGCGCUACCCGGUCUUACUGCGGACCUUCCGCAUUCGCCGCAACUCGGGCGGCGCAGGCCGCCACCGCGGCGGCGACGGCGUGGUGCGCAGUGUACUUGCGCUGCGUGACAUGAUCGCGGUAGUGCUGACAGAGCGGCGCGUGUUGGCGCCGAAGGGUCUCUUUGGUGGUGGCAGCGGCGAGCGGGGCUUGAACAUGUUGUAUGUGCCUGUCCCCCCCUCUGGCACAGCCCCCCCUGGCGUGCCUGCGUGGAAGAACGCGCAAGACAUGCUGCACGACGAGGAGCGUGGUCCGUGGAUGAGGGAGGAGCAAACGACUCUCUACCACCCUCGCAACAUCGGCGGCAAAAACGUCGUGGAUGUGAAGAUGGGCGACAUAAUCACCCUCUUCACUGCCGGCGGUGGUGGGUGCUACGCCGAGUCCGCGUCGUAG